AAGGGGGGCAGGAAUGUCUGCGUAAAGAAAUAAAAGGAGGGGAAGCAUUUGUGAGCUGUUCUUUUGGGGAGGGAUUUCUCAUGAAACAGGCAGUGUUUCUCAACCUAGUCCUCGGGGACCCGUCUUUGCCCCCACCCAGAUCCCAGCCAAUCAGGGACACCAAAUACCCAGCAGGAGGUGCUGGGAGGAAGAAAAACAUGGAUUGUCUCGGGGUCCUCAGGAACUGGGUUGUGAAAUACUAGUGUAUAUAAUCCUGACAGGAGGGCAUAUGUGGGUGUUAGAAGGGCUUAAAGUCACAAAUGACCCUUGGGAAUCUCCUGAAAAUUAUAUCAAAUUAUCCAACAGUUUGUCUUGGUCAAGGUUACUGGGGCACCUUGAGCCAAUGCCAGGCAACACGUGGCACAGAGGGCACACCUAGACGAGAUGGCAGCGUGGUCUCGGACCACCCUCAUUUCAAAUUAUGUAUUAGAAAAUAUUGGUCCCAAUAUUGAAAAUUCCCUGUUUUCCUUAAAGUCUAAUCGUCAGGUAAAACCUGAAUAUCAUUGUGCCUCAGGGAAGCAGUCUAGCAGGUACGAUUUCUGUCCUGCGGAGUUUACAAGAUCCACUUAAGCUGGUCGUAUAAAUCCUCGUGGGCAGAAAGAGACCUUUCUGAGCCAAUGGGGCGCAAGGAAUUUUCUCCUAGGGACACCGGAUUUUCACCCAAACCAGAUAGAUUGAAAUAACGGUCAAAAGUCCUCUGAAAAAGAGUAAGCUCUGAGGCUGAGAUUGCAACUAUGACACAACACAAUACACUUACCUUCUGCUGUAUGGGAGAAGGUGAGAAGGGAACAGUAAUUACAGCCCAUUGAACACAGUGGCACUUAAAGACGACAAGCAUUGUACAAAUUAAACGUUAUACCAUGAAAAAAAGCGCCUGUAGAAAUAACCAGGUUCUAAGAAUAUGCUGCUUAACGUUUUCUAGUAACGCCUCUAGCAGUGCAUAAACAAAUUAGGGUAACUAACAGACGUAAACAUUGCUCUAGGUCCAGUACGAAACGAAAGCUACCUCUGACCUACUGCUGAUAACAAUAAGCGGCUCAAGGAGGCAGCUCUGCGACCAAAUCCAGAAACCGGUCCGUCACAUGACCGCGCAUAUCGGAGUUUAUUUCCGCGUUCACCGGGACCGGCCAGCGCUGCAAGACACUCUAACCCGAAUACUUGUGCUCCGCUCCGCCGCCGUAACGUCGCCGCACUGGGGGGAAAUCUGGGGAAGGGGAGCCGGGCAGUCCGUCGCUCAGAUCCACGCUGCAGCAGUAAUAUGCUCACACGGGUGAAAUCUGCGGUUGCCAAUUUCAUGGGAGGCAUCAUGGCUGGUAGCUCUAACGGUGAUCACCUCGGUGGCUCCGACUUACCGUUGAGAUUCCCGUACAUGAGACCGGAGUUUCUCGGACUGUCGCCGGACGAGAUAGAGUGCUCUGCGGAUCACAUUGCACGGCCCAUCCUCAUCCUGAAGGAGACGAAGAGCCUGCCAUGGUCCACGGGUUAUGCCGAGGUCAUCAAUGCAGGGAAGAGCACCCUGAACGAGGACCAGGCCUGCUGCGAAGUGGUGGUGGUGAAGAGGAAGCCAGGCGUGUCCAACACUCCCAGCAAGACGCCCACUUCUAAGAGGAGGUCCUCACUUCCUAACGGGGAGGGUUUAGGGCUGAAGGAGAACUCUGAGUCCGAGGGGCUGGCUUUCCACUACUGGGCGCUGUUCGAUGGGCACGCCGGCUCGGGCGCGGCUGUGGUGGCGGCACGGCUGCUCCAGCACCACAUCACCGAGCAGCUGCGGGACGUGCUGGACAUCCUAAGGAAUUCAGCCCAGUCCCCGCCCACCUGUCUGGGUGAGGAGCACCCCAAUUGCACGCCGAGCUCCCACCGCACCCUCACGCGCGCGGCCUCGCUCCGGGGGGCCGCCGGCGCCCCUGGCUCGCCCAACACUCCGCCCGCUCGCUUCUUCACCGAGAAGAAAGUCCAGCACGAGAGUCUGGUCAUCGGAGCCAUUGAAAACGCCUUCAGGGAGAUGGACACGCAGAUCGAGAGGGAGAAGGCCAUUUACAACAUCUCUGGCGGCUGCACGGCGCUGGUCGUGAUCUUUCUGCUGGGCAAGCUCUACGUAGGCAAUGCCGGAGACAGCAGGGCCAUCAUCAUCCGUGGCGGAGAGAUAAUCCCGAUGUCCACGGAGUUCACGCCCGAAUCGGAGCGACAGAGGCUGCAGUUUCUGGCCUACAUGCAGCCCCACUUGCUUGGCAAUGAGUUCACACACCUUGAGUUUCCCCGACGCGUGCAGAGGAAGGAGAUCGGCAAGAGGAUGCUGUACCGAGACUUCACCAUGAACGGCUGGGCGUAUAAAACCAUCGAUGACGAUGACCUGAAGUUCCCUUUAAUAUAUGGAGAAGGCAAGAAGGCCCGUGUGAUGGCCACCAUCGGUGUUACCAGAGGCCUUGGAGACCAUGAGCUGAAGGUUCACGAUUCUAACAUCUACAUCAAGCCCUUCCUCUCCUGCUGCCCCGAGGUGAAAGUGUAUCCACUGACACAAUAUGAGCAUGGAGCAGACGAUGUCCUGGUACUGGGCACAGAUGGCCUGUGGGAUGUGCUCUCCAAUGAGGAAGUAGCAGAAGCAGUUACCAGCUUCCUGGCCAACUGUGACCCGGAUGACCAACACAGGUACACAAUGGCUGCCCAGGACCUAGUGAUGAAGGCCCGCGGAGUGCUGAAGGACAGGGGCUGGCGUAUCUCAAAUGACAGACUUGGGUCUGGAGACGACAUCUCCGUAUACAUUAUCCCCCUCUUUUAUGGGAACCAGCAUCAGUAGAUGUGUGAACUCCCUCCAGGCAUAAGCAUUCCCACGCCACCCCUUCCCUCAACCUGAAACUCCCCUUGUACACCUCUCAGUGCUCUACUGUAAGUGAUAAUCAUGUUGACUCUGAAAACCCAAACCUUCCACCGUCAUCCAUAGGGUCACGUGCUUGAAGACUCAUACAGGUUGUCGGAAUGUGUGUAUCAAUGUACUUCAUUUGCAAAUGGAAGAUCUCAGGAUUUCCAGACGUCUUCAUUGUGUGACCAUCGUACGCACAAGUAGACCAGCAGUGGCCAAUGCUGUGGGAUUUCCUUUCCCCAAUGCUACAAAGAAACCAUGGAUAAUUUCUAGAGGCACUGCUAAUCAAAGCUAAUUUUAAUCAUUAGCUCGCUUCAGAGCUAGUGAAGAAUUCUUGCAGCUGUUCUCAUGUUGAAAGGGAGGUAUCUCUUAAGGUUAGUAACUUUAUGAUGCACUAAGACAAUGAUGAAGGGGACGAGAUGGGGUUUGGGAAUCCUGGAAAGCUGAACAAGCUGAAAUGGCAUGUAGUUCAGUUUUUAUAUUUUGAUACUCACCAGUUUAUUGCUUAUUUUGUAAAAUUGAAAUGUGUUGAUAUGUCACUUCGGAAACGCUUGGCACGAAGCUUUGCCUCGUGUGGCUUGGUGAACGAGGGUGUCUGACAUACAGUAUAAAUGAUGCAUGAAAUGAUCCUGGAUAGGAAAAGACGACUCCUUGUGCAUCGUUUCUGACAGCAGUCAAGCGUAAACGUCUCUAUGGCUCCAGUCGUCUACACGCAGAAUUUGGCUUUGUUAUUCCAGGGCUUUUCUGAAGGUGUUCAGAGAACCCUGCCAACUUUGCUCUUCAGUCCUGAAAGGUCAGCUCUGUCAAGUUUCAUCAAAUUCUGGGGAGUCACAGAUUCACAUAACGUGAGAGAGGACACAUUAAGAAAGGGAAUGGGCAUUUCUGCACCACCUGCUUCUAGUUUGUGCGUUUUUUUUUUUUUUUAAUCUUUUUCCCACAAUAGUAUGCAAUACAUAUUGGACUGGAAAUGACCAGUCUGGCCAUCUUCUUGAUACAACAUUCAGAAAACAUAAGGUUUUCUCCAACGCAGUCUUGUUAUUGUGGUGUCGAAAUACAGUACCAGUCAAAAUUUUGCAGCCGGUAAGCCACCUACAAAGGAGUGUGAUACAGUGUUGCAUCACGUGACCUGGCCACCUGACCUAAACACAGUACAAAUGGUUUUAGAGGAGUUUGACCUGAGAAUGAAGGAAAAGUUGCCAAUGAGACAGUAGGAAAAGCAUCCCAGGAGGCAACUUCACGGAACUGGCAUGGAGGAGAAAGUAGAAGCAGCCAGUCCCUGGAACAGUUGGGGUUAAGGGGCCUUGCUCAAGGGCUAAAUGGUGGGAUCAGUCUGCUGACCUAGAGAUUUGAACUGGCAACCUUCUGAGUCCUGUGAAACCGGUUUUCAAAUCUAAAAUAAUCUGUUUGUACAUCCAUGCAUUGCACAAGUAUUAGUUGCAUUUGUCGUAUUGUAGCAGGACUGACUUUACGUUAUUUGGUAGUUCUGAUGCCUUUGUUCUAAAAUGUAGAGAAUAAUACAAAUUAAUCUUUCUAUGGAUAGGCGAGUCCAAACUUUUGACUGGUACUUUAAGUCUUAAAUGGUUGUUUUGGAGUUAAACAUACAGUAGUUGAUACAUUCAAGUUGAGAGUUCACAGUUGGAAAUGCAUUUGAUAUUAGGUAUCCAAAAAAAAACUCCAUCUGUCCUGAUGUGGUUUUUCCACAAGUAUCGUCUUCCGGUUUCCUGUGGGAGGUUCUUCGGACUUACAGAAGUUAAUGAAAUAAAGUCUCAUGUUUUAGAGGUAAUGGUGGAAAAAAUGGCUGGUCCCUAGAAGAGUUCUGGGCAGAUGAUCAAAUAAUUUAAUCAGAAUCCUCUUCCAAUAUUUGUGAACAGAGUUUUUAAAUAAUGAACAAUCACAAGAGGCGCCAAAGGUAAAUUCUGAAUUAUUGAAUUCUCUAAACUCCCUUGCAUCUACCUCACAUCUUUUAUUCAUUCUUUUUUCCCCCUCAGCCCAAAGAAUGAAAUUAUAGGUUGCUGGGCCAAAGCCUAUGAUCGAAACUUUAUCAAUCCAGCUGUAAAAAUUGGUUCUAGAUGUAAGUUGCCUUUAAGUCAGCCUGCAGGCACCUCAGACACAUGGAAGUUUUGAUAUCUUCUGGAAUGUUCAUAGAUCACAGGUCAGUACUGAAAAUGGAACACGUCAAGGCACGUUACCUAUCCUGCUUAUGUAGCUAGAACCUAAGGACCACUAAAUUACCUUGUUUGAUAGGUCUUAAGAAAUAUGUGCUAACUUUGUCGCAUGGUCGUUCCCAUCACUAAGGAAGAUGGUACAGCUUAGGUGAAAUCCGUCCGGUUUGGUACAUUUUGGGACGUUUCCUACAGCCGUUAACUGCACAGUACGGUGCUCCACGCUAAGCUGGUGACUGAGCCAAUUGAAUAAAUUGUACUAGUUGGCCCUACUGCUGUCUGCUUCUAGUCAGACUGAACAGCUCAGACUAUAUCCUAUGCACAUCGCCAUUUUUAUUAGGCUACAGCCAGCUGAACGCCUGUUGCAAGUCAGACCUGAAAAAACUUCCAAAGUAUUAAAUCAAGGAUCAACAUGUUUGAAUUGUACCUCAUCUUUAAAAAAAAGUUUAAAAAGUUGACGGUUAAGUUAUGAAAGAAAAAAAAACUCAGGAUUGUAUGGAAAUAGUUUUAAAAUAGAGAUUUUAUAUAAAAUAAAACUCUGCAAGCCAUGAGCAUAACAUCGGAUAUUCGGUCACUGCCGUUAAGCAAAACAUUAUUUUGAGCAAUGUGGAGGGGGGACUAUUUAAAUAAAGCUUUUAUGGCUUGUAAGCUGGAGGUAGCAAUCAUUAAGAUGUAUUGGUAGGUCAGGACCUUAGAGAAGGGCUCUUCUGUAAUUUACAGUGUGCCAACAAGGCCAUGAAAACUCCUUUAUUGCAAUGCACUAACAUUUUAGGACAAACCUAUAGUUCAGUCUGAAAAUCAGGUGUUUUCACUUAUUUACAGAUAGUAAAAUCCAGAAACACAAUUAAUGCAUGAGCAUUUGAAUAACACUGUAUUGUUUUAAUGUUGGUUUUGUGUUGAGUGUGUAUUAUACGUCUUCAACUGCUGAAAGUAAUACCGUCCAUGAUACUGUAAUUCUUUGAUUGCAAAGGCCCAGCAGAAACUUCUCCAAGGAGUUCUCUGUUAAAGCUGGGGACCGCAAGCCGUUUGGACCCUAUUUUGAUGCCUCCAUUCCCCUCCCACAGUUCUCCACAUUCAGCUAAAAAGAUCAUUUGAAAUAUGCCCUUUUCUUGAUACACACAACUCGGAUGUCUUCGGUUUUCUUCCUGGUCGGUUUAGGAACCUCUGGCCAGCUCAUCUUUUUUUGUCGUUUUUUUUGCAGCUGCCGUGUCUGUGUCUGCUCCCAGUAACCCCACCAUAAUUGCUGUGCCAUGAAUAAUUCCUGUAAUGUUUAAGGUGCAGUAUCCUUACACUGUGAUAAUAGUUUGGCCCACUGCUUUAAGGAAGCUCUCAGUUAGUGAUGGAAGUGAGGCUUUGAGUGCCAGGGUGCCCGGGGAUUACCAUGCGCCACCCAUCAAUGCCACCCCACCCCAAGCCUCAGCUCCACCCGGCAACAUGAGAGUCCUUUUAAAUUCCAGAUGAGUCCCUAUGACUGUCAUGCCUCUACCAUCUCGACUGCAGAUUUGUAAAGCUCAUUUUCCACUCUGAUGGGGGUGAUCGUCAUGCUCUGUGAGUGAUUUAGUACGCUACACGAGGGCAUUAAUCAAGAAAAUAGCAGCAUCUCCACAAUCUCCUGCAGCACAAACUCAUCCUAACUUUCCUUUUUGCCAUUUUUACCUUCAAAAGAGAAUUCUCCUUACUCUACCUUUCAAAGCUGAUUUGUUUUGUCUUUAAGUGUACUAUAUGUAUUGAUUAAAGAUCUGUAAAGAGCUGUAAAGAUGUUUGAAUACCGAAAAUGAAAUUUUUUGACUGGCAUCAAAGUCAAGAUCUCCUGUGUUAAUGUGUGAUGUAAAUUUUGUAACCAAAAGGAAGCGUAUGAAGUCAGAGGGUAUUUUUAGUGUUUUCGAAAAAAAUAUUUAAGUGCAAUGAAAUCCAGCAUUUUCAGUGUCAUCUUAUUUUCCUUUUAAAAAAUAUAAAUGCAUUUCCUUGAAAA